AGACAGUGACGUUAGAAUCACCUCAAACAAAAGGACAUGUAAUUGUAUCGGUCGAGGCGGUGGCAUAUAUAUUUAGAUUCAGAUUGUACAUUUGUUGCAGUCUUUGCUUCCCAUUUCACAGUUCACAGUUCACACUGCACAGUACGCACUCUCUUCUGAUAAUAAUUGAGUACAAAUGGCUGCUGAGGCUACUGCUCCUAAUGCUGACGUCUUGGAAUGGCCUAAGAAAGAUAAGCGCAGGCUCCUUCAUGCUGUGUAUCGCGUUGGCGAUCUCGAUCGCACCAUCAAGUUUUAUACUGAAUGCUUUGGAAUGAAACUGUUGAGGAAAAGAGAUAUUCCAGAGGAGAAAUACUCGAAUGCCUUUCUUGGCUUUGGUCCUGAAGAAACCAACUUUGUUGUCGAGCUUACUUAUAAUUAUGGAGUGACCUCAUAUGAUAUUGGAACUGGUUUUGGCCAUUUUGCAAUUGCAACUCAGGAUGUUUACAAAUUGGUUGAAGAAGUUCUUGCCAAGGGUGGGGCUGUCACAAGGGAGCCCGGUCCAGUCAAAGGUGGAACCACAGUUAUAGCCUUCGUCAAGGAUCCUGAUGGUUACAUCUUUGAGCUUAUUCAAAGAGGGCCAACUCCUGAGCCCCUGUGCCAAGUUAUGCUUCGCGUUGGUGACUUGGAUCGUUCUAUCAGGUUCUAUGAAAAGGCCUUGGGGAUGAAGCUAUUGAGGAAGGUUGAUAAGCCAGAGUACAAGUACACCUUGGCAAUGAUGGGCUAUGCAGAUGAAUAUGAGACAACUGUACUUGAGUUGACUUAUAAUUAUGGUGUGACGGAAUAUACCAAGGGAAAUGCCUACGCGCAGGUUGCUAUUAGUACUGAUGAUGUCUACAAAAGUGCGGAGGUUGUGAACUUGGUUACACAAGAGCUUGGCGGAAAGAUAACUCGACAACCUGGACCAAUUCCUGGACUCAACACUAAAAUUACUUCUUUCUUGGAUCCAGAUGGCUGGAAAACAGUCCUGGUUGACAACGAAGACUUUCUCAAGGAACUUCAAAAGGAAGAGUGAUUGCAAAGUUAAGUUAAGAAGAGGAUUUUGGCUACACUGGCCAUCUAUGUGCUCUGCUGUAAUAAAAUGAAUAAGCUAAUGUUCCUUCGAAUCAAAAGCAAGAAAAGUAGUCCUGUUUUAGCAUGGCUGUGAACUUUGUUUAACCUGCUACAAUUUUAUUAUGGAUGAGAACAUGUUUGUAUCAAUGUGAUAGUAGCUAUUUAUGGCUUUGUUUGUCUAUAA